AUGAAGCUUUAUACGUUGCAGAAGUGGUUGAACAUAAGACAAGAAAGGAAAUACAAGAAGGCAUUGAAAGUUGUUGAUGAUGUUUUAGCUGAAUAUAUAUGUCAGAAAAGAAAUAAAGUGAACAAGCUGAACCAAGAUUUAGUAUCAAAAGAUGGUGUGGAUAUCUUAACAUCAUACAUAACUGAAAAGGAAUCAACAGGUUCGAAAUGUGAUGAUAAGUUCUUGAGAGAAACCGCUCUGAAUAUGAUAAUUGCUGCGACGGACACGACGAGCACUGCUCUUACUUGGUUCACUUGGCUGGUUUCCAAGCAUCCAAUAAUGGAAAACAAGAUCAUAGAAGAGCUUGAAUCAAAAAUAACUAUAGGUGAAACCAAAAGGAGGCGGCUAUUCAAUGUCGACGAGGUAAAGAAUUUGGUUUAUCUCCAUGGAGCAUUGUGUGAGGCAUUAAGGUUGUAUCCACCAGUCCCUUUCAAUCAUAAGGAACCUGUCAAACCAGACAUACUUCCUAGCGGGCAUCCAGUUCAUCCAAAGACAAAAAUCUUGUUUUGUAUGUAUUCAAUGGGAAGAAUGAAGUCAAUCUGGGGAGAAGAUUGCCAUGAAUUCAAGCUUGAGAGAUGGAUUAAAGAGAGAGGAGAGAUCAAACAUGAGCCAUCUUACAAGUUCUUAUCUUUUGGUGCAGGGCCAAGGAUAUGUUUGGGGAAGGAAACAUCAUUUAUUCAGAUGAAAGCCGUGGCAUCUGCUCUAAUUUACAAUGAUCGUAUUCAUGUAAUGGAAGAAACUCCGGUUGUUUCGGCCGUAUCGUCUGUCCUGCACACCGAGAAUGGACUGAUGACUAGGAUCUCCAAGCGAUGGGAAUAA